CCGCCGGAAAUAGAGGCUGCUCAGUAAUCAACGAAGGAGAAGAGAAAAAGUAAACUGCAACAUGGCGACUCCCAUGCACAGACUCAUAGCGAGGAGACAAGCUGAGGCGAAUAAACAACAUGUGCGCUGCCAGAAGUGUUUGGAGAUGGGACACUGGACCUACGAAUGCACAGGGAAACGGAAAUACGUGCACAGACCGACGAGAACAGUCGAGAUGAAAAAGAAACUCAAGGAGGUUGAAAACCAGCCCCUCAGCAUCACUGGACCAGGAAGUGAAGGAACCACUGAGAAGAAAAUGAAAAAGAAGACCAAAGACUCCAGCGGCAGUAGCAGCGAGGAUGACAGCUCCUCCAGUGACUCGUCGUCAGACAGCAGCGACGACUCCAGCUCCUCUUCAGACGACAGCGACAGCAGCAGUGACAGCGACGACGACAGCUCCUCCUCGUCUUCGUCCUCCUCUUCAGACAGCUCCGACACGGGAAGCAGCAGCGAUUCAGAUCAAGGACCUCCAAAGAAGAAGAAAAAGAAGAAAUAAACAACUCGAUGGGUUUUCUGGUCGUUUUCCCCUAACGUGUACAUUUGAGUGGUUGUGAAUUCCAGAGUUGCGGGAACAUGUACAGUUUUAUUAGUAGAAAUGGACGAGGAUGAGCUGAGAAUAGGAGAAUAUUUUGAGUUGGCUGUUGUGUUCUGUGUUUUGUUUUCACAACACGUUUCCCGGUUACUUCUACAAACAUAUUUUCUGCAGAUUGUAGGUCUACUGAACAGUAAUUAUUUAUAUAUAUAUAUAUAUAUAUAUAUAUAUAUAUAUAUAUAUAUAUAUAUAUAUAUAUAUAUAUAUAUAUAUAUAUAUAUAUAUAUAAAGUAUAUGUGUGUUGAAAAGAUCUGAGAAAACUAGUGUGCUUAUUCAUGUUGAAUCUUGUGAUUUUUUUACUAAAGUAUAUUUUUAGUCAAACUGAAUGUGUACAGCUUAAGACCUUUAAUAUAGGACCAUCACAUGAUAAAAAGACAUUAGUAUAAAACAUUUUUAAGGGUACUGGGGAAGAAAUUGCUUUGUUGAAGUUGAAAAUGGUUUAAAGCGAAAGGGGUCUUGUCAUGGAAGUUUAAUCGUUAAAUAAACGGCUUGUUUUUGCUUGA